AGGUGACUUCAGUUGUAAGUACCGCAGCAGCAGCCACGAAUCCAGGAAGGUCAUUUGUUUACCUCUAAAAUAAAGUGAAAAUAGCUACCAACCAAAAUGUGUCCGUUUUAGAUGCUGAAACGCUGGAGGUUUGAUUAAAAAUGCAGCUGGUGAGUUUUUAUUAGACCGUUGAGCAGCAGGACAGAAAGUGGUCUGUCGCUUGUCGUCGUCUCAUUAUUUCUGCCUGAGAGCAUCAAAAGCCAGAACAACGUCAGAGCAACUUGUUGGGGGAAAUUCAUAAUUUAAGCCUCUCUUCUCGGGUGUGUGUGACAUGUCGCCUUCACGGUCCAUUCUGCUGGUUGGAGAGGGGAACUUCUCCUUCUCCUCCUCAGUGUGCAAGUUGGAUUCUGAAUCGGGGAGCAACAUAACGGCCACCUGCCUGCAGCAUCAAGAGGAGGCACUGCGGCACGAUGGAGCCGCCGCCAACAUCCAGACCAUCGAGGACUCGGGAGGAAGUGUCCUGUUUGAGGUGGAUUGCACAAAGCUGGGGGAGUGCGCCUUCCUGAAGGGCCGUGUGUUUGACCGAGUCGUGUUCAACUUCCCCCACUGUGGGAGGAAGAGCGGGGUGAAAAAGAACAGGGAGCUUCUCAAAAACUUCUUCCUCAGUUGUGUUGAGGUUCUGGCUGAGGACGGGGAGGUUCACGUCUCCCUGUGCAACGGACAAGGCGGGACUCCGGCGGACCAGCCGAAACGCGAGUGGCACAACAGCUGGCAGGUGAGUGCCAUGGCAGCCGAAGCUCACCUCAUUCUCAGCGCUGUGCGACAGUUUGAAAGUGACAACCUCCCAAGCUACAAGUCCACUGGAUACAGGAGCCAAGAUAAAGGCUUUCAUGUGGGAAAAGCUCUGCUGCAUGUGUUUUCACGCAGCGCCCCAUUCACUCCUGUCCAGAUAGUUCAGAUGGAGGAGGUUGUUGAAGGGGAGAUGGUCCACUAUAACAUACCAGCUGAGCUCAGUGAUUAUGUAUCCAGAGGGUUCCUCUCCUCAGAUUCCAUCCAUCCUGUCAAGUUGGUGCAAGACUUUCUUCUCGAAGGCUUAGGGGAACAUUGGCCAGUGUCCAUGAAAAGAGACCCUUUCCCCCACCUCAUAUCAGCCAAGCAACUGCAGACUUGCUGCCACGAUCUUGACAAUUUGCAGUACUACUGGAUCCACUUGCUUCAGAAAGAACUCACCUCGCAGGCUCAAGAAGACGAUGCAGUUUUCUCCAACAUAAAAGCAACUUCACCUCCUACCAAGGCAGACAGAGUGAGGAGUAAAGGCACUGAGAGUUUGCAGUCUGUGUGCUGCCAUGAUUUUAAUUUGGAAGUGGAAGGGGGUCUUUACCUGCUGCGUCCAUCACUGCUUCCUCAGCUGGAAGAGCUCCUCAUAAACAAAGAUAUUAGUGGUAAUGCAGAGCCUCAAGAGGAAAUUGAUCAAAGUUCUGAGGUUGAGGGCAGUGAGGCGGAAGAAGCCUGUGACAGCUGUAAUGGGUCUUCUAGCUUAUUGUUUGGUAUUAGUGGAGUGGUGUUCAGGAGCGUGCCCAUCAGCCUUUGGGCUCUGCCUGCCUUUCACGAGAUUCUCCUCACAGGUGUUUUCCCUUUGGAAAAUGAGCCCGUUAAAUUGAUGGGACAUGAGCUGGAAGCGCUCCUCUCUCCCUAUGGGGUCUCCAUAGUUACAGAAGAGAAAACCCUACAUCUGGUGGCUCAGCCGAUGGGUUUGAUCGGUAAGGUGUUUGCGAGCAACACAGCUGACGGCAACAACCACGUCACUGUCAGUGCAUCUCUAAAUUUAGACCUCCUCGCUGUUCUCUUGUUCUCACUGCCUGACUGGCGUCUGCUUUGGAGUCACGACCCACGCUUCCUCAAACAGUUUUCUCUCCGUCCACCACCAGGGACGUCUUUUCAACCUUUUUCACUGUACCCAGAGUCCUUCUCCUUUGACAUCAGCUUCUGGACGGGGCCGGCGUGGGAGGAGAAAAUGUUCCACGCUAUUGCCCGAGAGGCUAGCUGCGGAACUGUGGAGCAAGUUAAACUCAUCGACACAUUCUCGCACCCUGACCUGAGUCAGACCAGUUAUUGUUACAGACUCACCUACCACUCACACACACACGCCCUGUCACACACACAAGCCCUGACAUUUCACAAAGAGCUGGAGGUUUUGCUCUCGUCUCGUAUGCAGGUCACAGUCAGGUAGCACUUCACACAAACUGUUGGGAGACAUUAGAAUAGUUCAGACAUUUUUGUUCUCCACAUGUGCUUUUAGCUGGAAGAAAAUUUAUUAGAAAAUCUAUUGUCGGAUGUUUACAAUGGUUGAAAAUGUGGUUGUUGUAUUAUGCAUUUGAAAUGUGGCUGAAAUCAUCCAGUGUAUGUUUGUCUCAUAACCAUAAAAUAAACCU